AACCAGCUUGGAGCCCCGGGAGGUGCAGGGCUCAGCCCCAUUGGUCCUCGAAACAAUCAGGUGAUGCUGUACCUGGUAGGGAGGCUGCCUGGCAGUGUGUCCCCAGUUUUAGUAUAUGUACUGCCUAGGUGAGCUCUGUGUGUUGCCAGGAGCCAGCCCUUGGUUGUCCCCAAGACCUGGCCUCACUUACCCUCUGACCCCGUCCCAGUGCCAGGAUGGUAGUGGCCGGCCUGAAGGACUGGCUGCUCUGGGCCCUGCUCCUGCACUCGGCCCAGAGCGAGCUGUACACGCCCAUACACCAGGCCCACUACUGCGCCUUCUAUGACGAGUGCGGGAAGAACCCGGAGCUGUCCGGGAGCCUGGCUUCACUGUCCAAUGUGUCCUGCCUGUCCAACACGCCUGCUCGCCAUGUCACGGGGGACCACCUGGUCCUCCUACAGAGCAUCUGUCCCCGCCUGUACACCGGCCCCAACACCACCUACGCCUGCUGCUCCCCCAAGCAGCUGAUGUCCCUGGACUCGAGCCUGAGCAUCACCAAGGCCCUCCUCACCCGCUGCCCCGCCUGCUCUGACAACUUCGUGAGCCUGCAUUGCCACAACACCUGCAGCCCCAACCAGAGCCUCUUCAUCAACGUGACCCGCGUGGUGGAGCAGGGGGACAGCCAGCUCCGGGCGGUGGUGGCCUACGAGGCCUUCUACCAGCGCAGCUUCGCCGAGCAGACCUACGACUCCUGCAGCCGGGUGCGCAUCCCCGCAGCCGCCGCGCUGGCCGUGGGCUCCAUGUGCGGCGUCUACGGCUCUGCCCUCUGCAAUGCCCAGCGCUGGCUCAAUUUCCAGGGGGACACGGGGAACGGCCUGGCACCCCUGGACAUCGCCUUCCGCCUGUGGGAGCCUAGCCAGGCCGUAGGGAGUGUGAUACAGCCUCUGAAUGGGGAGGUUGUGCCCUGCAACCAGUCCCAGGCGGAUGGCACAUCGGCCUGUUCCUGCCAGGACUGCGCCGCCUCCUGUCCCGUCAUCGCCCAGCCCAAGGCCCUGGACUCCACCUUCUACCUGGGCCGGAUGGCAGGUAGCCUGGUCCUCAUCAUCAUCCUCUGCUCCGCCCUCGCCUUGCUCACUGUCUUCCUCGUGCGGCCUCACUUGGCCUCCUACAGGGGCAAGGGCCAGGGCAAGGACAAGGGCAAGGGCAAGACGCCAGACCACAAGGCAGACAUCAGCUUCGCCAACAGGCUCAGCCUCUCCACCCACACCUUCCUUAGCCAGUGCUUCCAGCGCUGGGGCACAUGGGUGGCCUCGUGGCCACUGACCAUCCUGGUGGUGUCCAUCGUCGUGGUAGUGUGUCUGGCAGGGGGACUGGCUUUUAUAGAACUGACCACGGACCCUGUGGAGCUGUGGUCGGCCCCCAACAGCCAAGCCCGGAAGGAGAAGGCAUUCCACGACAAGUAUUUCGGGCCCUUCUUUCGAACCAACCAGGUGUUUCUGACGGCACCUAACCGGCCCGGCUACAGGUACAACUCCCUGCUGCUGGGGCCCAAGAACUUCAGUGGGAUCCUGUCCACCGACCUGCUGCUGGAGCUGCUGGAUCUCCAGGAGAAGCUGCGGCACCUCCAGGUGUGGGCGCCGGAGGAGCAGCGCAACAUCUCCCUGCAGGACAUCUGCUACGCCCCCCUCAACCCGCACAACACCAGUCUCUCCGACUGCUGCAUCAACAGUCUCGUGCAGUAUUUCCAGAGCAACCACACGCGCCUGCUGCUCACGGCCAACCAGACGCUGUCGGGGCAGACCGCGCAGGUGGACUGGAGGGACCACUUUCUCUACUGCGCCAACGCCCCACUCACCUUCAAAGAUGGCACAGCCCUGGCCCUGAGCUGCAUGGCUGACUACGGUGCACCCAUCUUCCCUUUCCUUGCCGUGGGGGGCUACAAAGGAAAGGACUAUUCUGAGGCAGAGGCCCUGAUCAUGACCUUCUCCAUCAACAAUUACCCUUCUGGGGACCCUCGACUGGCCCAGGCUAAGCUCUGGGAGAAGGGCUUCUUGGAGGAGAUGCGAGCCUUCCAGCGUCGGACGGCUGGUGUGUUCCAGGUCACGUUCAUGGCCGAGCGCUCCCUGGAGGAUGAGAUCAACAGCACCACAGCCGAGGACCUGCCCAUCUUCGCGGUCAGCUACCUUGUCAUCUUUCUGUACAUCUCUCUUGCCCUGGGCAGCUACUCCAGCUGGCGCCGAGUACCGGUGGACUCCAAGGCCACGCUGGGCCUGGGCGGCGUGGCCGUGGUGCUGGGAGCAGUCGUGGCCUCCAUGGGCUUCUUCUCCUACCUGGGAAUCCCCUCCUCACUGGUGAUCCUGCAAGUGGUGCCUUUCCUGGUGCUGGCCGUGGGGGCCGACAACAUCUUCAUCUUUGUUCUCGAGUACCAGAGGCUGCCUCGGAGGCCCGGAGAGGAGCGGGAGGCCCACAUCGGCAGAGCCCUGGGCAGAGUGGCCCCCAGCAUGCUGCUCUGCAGCCUCUCUGAGGCCGUCUGCUUCUUCCUAGGAGCCCUGACCCCCAUGCCAGCUGUGCGGACCUUCGCCCUGACCUCCGGCUUUGCGGUGCUUCUGGACUUCCUGCUGCAGAUGUCGGCCUUCGUGGCCCUGCUCUCCCUCGACAGCAGGAGGCAGGAGGCCUCCCGAAUGGACAUCUGCUGCUGCAAACGUGCCCGGGAGCUGCCCCCGCCCAGCCAGAACGAGGGGCUUCUGCUCCGAUUCUUCCGCAAGGUCUACGCCCCGCUCCUGUUGCACCGGGUCACCCGUGUGGUCGUGGUGCUGCUCUUCCUGGCCCUGUUUGGAGCAAGUCUCUAUUUAAUGUGCAACAUCAGCGUGGGAUUGGACCAGGAGCUGGCCCUGCCCAAGGACUCGUACCUGCUGGACUAUUUCCUGUUUCUGAACCGCUACUUUGAGGUGGGGGCCCCGGUCUACUUUAUCACCACUGGGGGCUACAACUUCUCCAGUGUGGAAGGUAUGAACGCCAUCUGCUCCAGCGCAGGCUGCAACAACUUCUCCUUAACCCAGAAGAUCCAGUACGCCACUGAGUUCCCUGACGAGUCUUACCUAGCCAUCCCUGCCUCCUCCUGGCUGGAUGACUUCAUUGACUGGCUGUCUUCAUCCACCUGCUGCCGCCUUUAUCUCUACGGUCCCAAUAAGGAUGAGUUCUGCCCCUCGACCGUCAGCUCCCUGGCCUGCCUGAAGUCCUGCGUGAGCCUCACAUCAGGGCCUGUCCGGCCAUCAGUGGAGCAGUUCCACAAAUAUCUUCCCUUGUUCCUGGACGACCCGCCCAACAUCAAAUGUCCCAAAGGAGGCCUGGCAGCAUACAGCACCUCCGUGAAUCUGAGUUCAGAUGGUGAGGUUUUAGCCUCGCGGUUCAUGGCCUACCAGAAGCCGCUGAAGAACUCGCAGGACUUCACGGAGGCGCUGCGGGCAGCUCGGGCGCUGGCGGCCAGCAUCACUGCUGAUUUGCGGAAGGUGCCAGGCACGGAUCCGGACUUCGAGGUCUUCCCCUACACGAUCACCAACGUGUUCUACGAGCAGUACCUGACUGUGAUCCCCGAGGGGCUCUUCAUGCUCAGCCUCUGCCUGGUGCCCACCUUCGUUGUCUGCUGCCUUCUGCUGGGCAUGGACAUCCGCUCUGGCUUCAUCAACCUGUUCUCCAUCAUCAUGAUCCUGGUGGACACCGUGGGCUUCAUGGCCCUGUGGGACAUCAGCUACAAUGCCGUGUCCCUCAUCAACCUGGUCACGGCGGUGGGCAUCUCUGUGGAGUUUGUGUCCCACAUCACCCGCACCUUUGCCAUCAGCACCAAGCCCACCCGGCUGGAGAGGGCCAAGGAGGCCACCAUCUCCAUGGGCAGCGCGGUGUUCGCAGGAGUGGCCAUGACCAACCUGCCCGGCAUCCUCAUCCUGGGCUUGGCCAAGGCGCAGCUCAUCCAGAUCUUCUUCUUCCGUCUCAACCUCCUCAUCACUUUGCUGGGCAUGCUGCACGGACUGGUCUUCCUGCCGGUCAUCCUCAGCUUCCUGGGGCCUGAUGUCAACCCAGCUCUGGUGCUGGAGCAGAAGCGGGAGGAGGAGGUGGUCACGGUCAAGGAGGCCCCCUGCUCAAAGCACCCUGACACGAUGAGCACUGGCGGCGGCGUCUAUGUCAACCAUGGCUUUGAACAUCCUGACAGGAGUGCGGAAGGCCUCGAGAGCUCUUGGCCACACAACAGGCAGAAGCUCUGAUGGAGCCUGAGCUCCUGUCCAAGCUCACUGGUCCUGACCUGAGAAGCCAUGAGGGUUCUCCCAUGGGGGCUCCCUUGCCACAUCCGCCCCCUCAGGGCCUGAGACAGGCUGUCCUCACAGGAGUGCCCAUGAUAGGAUACCCUCUGGCCACCAGUUCUCACCCAUAAGACACAUGACUGUGAUGGAGGUGGCACAUGAUGGCAUGGGUGUGAUCUGUUCCUGGUCUGUCUCUUGAAUUUGACAUGUGUCCUCCUUAAGCAAGUUUUGAAACUUUAGUUCUGUAUAUGUAAACAAUAUAUAAUAUUAUUUCACAUCGAAAAUUUUUUCUUAAUUGAUAUCAUACUUGACUAAUCCUUUUGCAAUGAGGGUUUUUUUUUUCAUGCAACAUACAUUUUUUUAGAUUUAUUCAUGUUGAUACGUGGAGAUCUAGUCCAAUCAUUUGAACUGCCA